CAACGAAACACCACCCCAUUCUCUCAUUCUCCUUCUCGAAAGACCGUCUCUGCUGUCAGUCCCGGAUUUCUGCCAUCGACCUCGUCGUUUCACCUUUAAACUUCGCAAUCCGGCCUGUGCCGUCCCAGAUUCCCACCCGUCCGUUUCGCUCGCUGGAAGCCCGUCCCUUUUUUCCCGCCACGCUCACGCUCACGCCGACGCUCACGCCUACGUCCUGUCGCCAUUCACACGCUGAGCCUUGCCGAAUCCGUCGACACGCCAAAUCGCCCGGCUGCUUCGCUUGCUGCUGAACCGUCUCCCGGAUUCCCCUACGUCUUCCUACAACAGCUGCCUCGAGCCAUCAAGAUCGCCCACGAGCAAGACCAUCGCGAAUUCUUCCAUCUCCCAAUCGCUACAUCACAACACAAUGGCGUCCAAGUUUCUGAGGGAGUACAAGUUGGUCGUCGUCGGCGGCGGUGGUGUCGGUAAAUCCUGCUUGACCAUCCAAUUGAUUCAGAGCCACUUUGUCGACGAAUAUGACCCUACGAUCGAAGAUUCCUACCGCAAGCAGUGCGUCAUCGACGAGGAGGUCGCUCUACUCGAUGUCCUCGACACGGCCGGUCAGGAGGAGUACUCCGCCAUGAGGGAGCAGUACAUGAGGACGGGAGAGGGAUUCCUGCUGGUUUACUCCAUCACUUCGCGACAGAGCUUCGAGGAGAUCACCACAUUCCAACAGCAGAUCCUGAGAGUAAAGGACAAGGACUACUUCCCCAUGGUCGUCGUCGGCAACAAGUGCGAUCUGGAGAGCGAGAGAGAAGUCACACGACAAGAGGGAGAGGCCCUUGCCAAGUCAUUCGGCUGCAAGUUCAUCGAGACGUCGGCCAAGUCCCGCAUCAACGUCGACAAGGCUUUCUACGAUAUUGUCCGAGAGAUCCGUCGGUACAACCGCGAGAUGCAGGGCUACUCUACCGGCAGUGGCGGCGCCUCGGGCAUCAACGGCCCCCCGAAGCCCAUGGACGUCGAGAACGGCGAGCAAGAGGCAGGCUGCUGCUCCAAGUGCGUACUAAUGUGAGCGGUCCUUUUUGGGGAAAGGGAGAGCAGCAGGAGCAGGAGAAGGGGUGGGGGCGACGCUAGCAGCUGCAGAGCUGUGGAAUGAAUACCCUGGGCCUCGACUGGGCCUGGUGUGGGAUGAUGGCAGAUGCCAAACGCAACCUUUCUCUCCGUCUGGCUUCUUGAGCGGUCCAAGCUGACCCAUCAUAUGUCGAUUGGAGAAGAGGUGUCGACAUGGAGGGCCAAUGAUGAAAAACUUGAUUGAUUUGCAUCGGAUGGGGAGUCGGGUUCUGACUUGUUGCACACUUUUGGGAACUUGUUCUUUUCAGGGCAACUUCAUGGACACGAACAUGAACACAGUCACAACCACAGCAUACAUGACUGGUAUGUGUGGCACUGGGACAAAAAGAGUACCGUUCAUGUCACAGGGCUAUCUGAGGGACCCUCAGUUGGGUGAGGAUGCCAUGAGAAGAAAUGGCUGGAGACAUGUUGGUCUGCCAUGCCAGCCCAGAGAGAGAGGCAGAGAGAGAGAGUGUGUGUGUGUGUGUGUGUGUUUGUGUGUGUUGGCUGCAGGCCCUGGGAAGGGUGGGCUUGAGAUUCUUUACUACACAACUUGGGAGGGUUAUUUGAGACCAAACAUCGGCUUGUCUCUGUCUCUUCUUUAUAUCAGUACUCCUUUUUUUUCUCCGCCUUUUCAUACUGUAAUUUCUUCUUUCUUCCGAGACACCGUAAGGUUUUUCCGAGGUCAGAGUCAGUCGUCAAGUCAUACAGAUUCCCUUUAUGUUAAUCCAAC